AUGAGGAAACUAACCUUCGAGGUCGGUGAGGAGAAAACCAAAUUCAUUCUUUCAAUAUUUCUGAAGGAACCUGCUAUAGGUGAAACCAGUUGUUUCAUAGACAUCAUCGACGAAUGUAUAAAGGAAAUGGAGAUGGAACCACCUAAGGAUACUAAAGUCCUAAAAGUUCUGGCACCUCCUAUAUUAGAAGAUGACGAAUGGCGUAGGCCAUAUGUGGAUGACAAUUUGAGGGAAUGCCUCACACUAACUCCCAAUCAUAUGCCUUGCCCAAAGAAACCUUAUGUAGAACUUAAGACGAUUCCCAAAAACCUAAGGUAUGAAUUCUUAGAUAAAGAGCUUGAACUACCGAUAAUAGUCAACGGAGACUUAGGUAAAAAAGAAACUGAGCAGUUAUUGGAUGUUUUAAGGAAGUACCCCAUAACCCUAGGAUAUAACUUCUCUAAUCUCAAAGGGAUCAGCCCCUGUGCGUGCAUGCAUAGAAUUAUGCUAGAGGAAGACUCAAAAACCUCCAGAGAACACCAGAGGAGAAUAAACCCUUUUAUGAAUGAUGUAGUAAAGAGGGAGGUACUAAAGCUACUAGAGGAAGGAAUUAUAUACCCAAUAUUCGACAGUAAAUGGGUCAGCCCAGUACAUGGUUUACCUAAAAAAGGAGGUGUUAUAUUAGUCAAGAAUGACAAAGGCGAAGUUGUAGCAAAGCGUGUUGAGACUGGGUGGAGAAUGUGCAUAGAUUAUAGAAAAUUGAACAAAUCCACCCAAAAAGAUCAUUUCCCUUUACUCUUCAUUGACCAGAUGCUUGAACGAUUGGCUAGGCAUUCUCAUUUAUUUUAUUUAGAUGGCUACUCAGGAUUUUUCCAAAUCCCAAUUCACCCUGAUGACCAAGAGAAGACCAUUUUCACAUGUCCUUAUGGCACAUUCGCCUAUCAACGAAUGUCAUUCGGAUUAUGUAACGCUCCCGCAACAUUUCAAUGA